CAGUAUGCAUUUAGUGGUGUGUGUUUGUUUUGCGUGUUCAGUUUUUAAAUACGUACUGUCGCAAAUUGUGUACAGCAACACAUAUCUAUGUCAGAAUGUGUAUCUUUUUUUGUCAAUGAAAUGAAAAAUUAAUCUUCUGUUCACGAUGGCCACAAUAAAUAAUGCUCUGAUGGCACAGUGACGCUGAGAAAAGCAGCUUAAAUUUGUUUUCGUUCAUUUCUUUUUAUUACGUUUUUACGUAGGUAAUACAUUUGUUAAAUUUAGUAACGCAACUAAUUGUGAAUUUGAUCGGGAAAUGGUAACGCUUGUUUUAGUGAUGGCAGUGCUCAAUAGCGUCCACUCGGUGUCAGUAUAACGACGUGCAAAAGUUGACUUUGUUAACCUGCACACAGCUGGCACGACUAUUUGUCGACUUUACCUCCCAGCGAGAAGACACCGUUGUGAAAGCACCGAUUGUGUUUUAUUUUCAGCUCCUCUUCCGAAAGCCACUGAAAGGAAGGAGAUGCUGGGAUGAUGCCGGGAUGAGGUGGUGAGGGGAUGGAGGUUGGACAGGAUGAUGUGGUGAGAGAAUGAUGGUGAGAAGAUGAGGAGGGGGAGACAGGAUGAGGUGGUGAGGGGAUUGCCCCCCCCUAAUCGCCCCCUCCCAACCUACUCACCCCUCCCUCCCUCCCCGCCGCGUCAACUGAGUCCACCGCAACCACCGUCUCGGGAUUUUGGAUAAGGAGGUGGGCGGCGGUGGAAAGGGGAGAAGAGGACCACAAACGAUGUUUUAGCUAUUUGACACAAUAUUGUGAUACUGAAGUCUACCUGAGACACGAGGAACAUUGUCAUUGUCAAAUGACGUCGGUUGUUGUUUGCUUCUUAACAUCGAUCGUGUGCUUGUAGUCCUUUCAGCGGAACCGCUUUCGGAUGUUGGGACACUUUUGCACCUCCGGCUGGCUAGAAUUCCGCUUGGUGGAUGAGCCGCUCGAUUGGGACUAACUUGGAGCCAACAUGUACGCUGGACGCAAGAGAAGAAAACCGCUUCAAAAGGGAACCAAAGUUACCCCGAUCGACGGGGACAAGUCCAACCCGUCUAAACGGCAUCGGGACCGUCUGAACUUGGAGCUGGACCGACUGGCCGGCUUGCUGCCCUUCCCUGAGGAUGUCAUCUCCAGUCUGGACAAACUGUCCAUCCUGAGGCUGUGUGUCAGUUACAUUCGGGCCAAGAGAUUCUUUUCAGUGGCGUUGAAAAAACAUCUCUCCAAUGGCACGAGCAAAAGUACUGAGCACCUCGACGGCCGGGUGCCGGAACAGACCGAGCCAGAAGGGGAGCUUCUGCUUCAGGCUCUGCCUGGAUUUGUUUUGGUGAUCACAGCGGAGGGAAUCAUUUUUUAUUGCUCUCACACCAUUCGGGAUUACCUCGGCUUCCAUCAGACGGACGUGAUGCAUCACAGCGUGUUGGAGCUGAUUCACGCCGAAGACCAGCAAGAGUUCAAGAGGAACCUGCACUGGGCCCUCAACCCACCCGUUGGAUCCCACUUGGACACUGCAGCAGACGGCGAGCCAGCUUCCCCCUACCUGCUGAGGUACAACCCGGAUGAGCUUCCUACAGAAAACUCCUCCUUCUUGGAGAGAAGCUUUGUUUGCCGCUUCCGCUGCCUACUGGACAAUUCUUCUGGCUUCUUGGCCUUGAGCAUUCAGGGUCGCAUGAAAUUCCUCCACGGUCAAAGUGGAUCUCAGUGCACUGACGGGGAAGGUGGCCCGCUUCAGUUGGCCUUAUUUGCCAUCGCCACUCCGCUACAGUCACCAGCUAUCUUGGAGAUCAGAACAAAGAACAUGAUCUUCAGAACCAAGCACAAACUUGACUUCACGCCCAUGGCCUGCGAUGCAAAGGGUAAAAUCGUGCUGGGUUACACCGAGGCCGAGCUGCGUGUCCGGGGUUCGGGAUACCAGUUCAUCCACGCUGCCGACAUGCUGCACUGUGCGGAGAAUCACGUCAGAAUGAUAAAGACCGGCGAGAGCGGCCUCACCGUCUUCCGCUUGCUCACCAAGGACAACCGAUGGAAAUGGGUCCAAGCCAACGCCCGCCUCGUCUACAAAAACGGCAAACCGGACUACAUCAUCGCCACGCAGAGGCCGCUGGUAGACGAGGAAGGAGGAGAACACCUGAAAAAACGCUCCAUGCAAGUCCCUUUCACCUUCGCCACCGGCGAGGCGAUGCUCUAUCAAACGGGUAACCCGCUUCGGGGCUUUCCGGAAACUCUCAAGGGCAAAGGCAAAUGCAAGAAGGGGAAAAUAGAGAAGAUCUCAGAGAACACGCAUCCAAAGUCCUUACUGGAAGCGCUGAUGAGCCAAGAUCAGUCAGUUUACGUCUGCCAAGCAGAUUCAGAGGCUCGCAGUCCUCUCGGCAACCGGCAACGGGAGACGGAGGGAUUUGUUGACAGCUGGCAGAUGACGGCGAGAUGUAGCAGCGACGUGUCCGUGUGUGCUCCGCUUCUAGCCACCUUGGACUCUCUUUCUCUGGAUGCGGACGAAAGUUGCUCCAACAGUGAACUCCUCAGUGCUUUGGAGAACCUGGGCUUGAAUGCUGAAGAUCUGGAACUGUUGCUCUUGGAUGAGAAGAUGAUCCAGGUCCAGAUGGAUGACUCCGCACUCAGUGAGCUCACCAACAAUGACAUCACGCCUUACGUUCACGAGUCGCCGGAGACGGCGUGGAAUCGAGAAGAACACGACAACAUUGUUGGAUUUGGACUCGGUGACUUUUUUCGAGACUCUGCCCAAAGUUCUGCCCAACGGCGCGUGGCCGCUACCGCCGCCUCACUGGAGCAGCUGCCCAUCGGGGCCGUCGGGCUUCGCUUUGCAUCCGGAAGUGUCGACGCCAGCGCGCUGUCAGGCGAGAGCUGCUGGACAAAUGAGGAAGCCCGUCGCCGUGACAACCACGCUCCUCACCCAAGUCUUGUUAACGACAUCUCAAGUCACCAUUGGCAACAGGGGAACAACCUGACUUGGUCACCCGACCCCCAGAUCCUGUCCGGAACCCUUCGGCCCGGCAGACAGACGGCUUUUCUUCCCGACGUGCUGCCGGACCCUGUCGUCUCAAACGCGCCGCAGUCGGCACCGAAUGUUUGUCACUACGGACAUAUGACGGACACUGCGCAGCCACGCCCAGCGCAGGUUCCGCAAUCUUACAAGCAGCAGAGUCCAGCUCAGUGUCCUCCACAGAGUGCACCUGUGGAGCUGGAGCAGUUUUUGGCUCUGACGCAGCCUUCGGUCCAGGCCUACAGUCUGUUCGACACCACACAGGGAGACCACGACCAGCUGGAGAACGCUUGCCUCCUCAACGUGGCCAACGCCACCUUCAUCCGCACUUGUCUCGUGUCCAACGGGAACAGAGAAGUGGCAGCCAACGUCCCAAUCUCCUGCCCCGAUGGAGUCCCAGACACUCAGAAGUCAGAAUUUAUCCUCUGACAAGAAGGUACCAAAUAAAAAAAAAAUAAAAAAGAAGCAUAUUGCUGCCACCGACUCACUCCCGGCGUAAUCCGAGCGUCUCGGUUAUGUCACAAGAAGAAGCAUUUGAGUUUCCCGAAGGAGACGUUACUGCCUCGUUGUUGCCGAUUCACACUUGGUGCAGAUGGCGAAACCCGGAGCGACAAAGAGACAUGGCGCUCGCAGUCCUCAACAAACUCCACUUGAUGGAUCUCAUCACUCAACUUUCCAUUUUCUGUUUGAGCUAGCCAACCACAAAGGACACGGAACCCAAAUGUUAAUGCUACACUUUUGUUUUCGCUUACAUUUUUAUGAACUACAGUCAAAGUUCAUGUUCACGUCUUUUCCAUGAUGCAAUAUUUCCACUCAUGUUUUUGUUUUUCCAUCAUCCACAUUGAAAUGACCACACAGUGAAUCAGCAACAUUUAGCAUUUAGCACAAAUUCCAAAGCAAAUGUGAAACACGUCAGCAGCGGCUCCGUGUUGAAUGUCACAAAAUGCAUUUAUAUCAAUUGUUCUCAUUUUCUGUAAAUUGACAUUCUUUUUUUAUAUAUAUAUACGAAACCAGUCGUGACGUGUUAUUGUGUAAAACCAGACAAUCACUUCUCAAAGGCUUUAAAAAAAAAAAAAGUGCUCUGCAUGUAAAUGUAUGUUUUACAAACACUUGUUAAAAUCACUCAAGUCGUGUGAUAGAAAAAGCUGCAAGUUUGCUUUUUUACCGUGGUAACAAAUAAUGAUGGGGAAAUGAAGCUUCAAAUUUGCUUCAUGAACCAGUUGUAUUUUAUUUACUCCUCUAGAUGGCACUGUUGCUCGUUUUUUAGAAAUGGCAAGUCAGUAUACUUUUAACCCAAUGAGUGCCCUCCAGAGGAGUGAAAAAAUUACAACUGCUUCAUUUCCCAUCACUAGUAACAAGCAAGUACCAGAUGAGCGACUUUGGAAAGUUACUGUUUAAAGGAUCACCACCUAUCACCUGCACGUUACUUUUGUCUCCGUAGAUGGACGCUAACUACUCCGUAUCGUCUUUCAGCUGCGUGCAAAUAAAAAGCCGGGUGCCAUCACAA